UUGGAAGAAAAGGCCCGACGAUGGGCACAAAUGCAACGCAAACGCUACGCUCACAAACGGCUCAACACAUUCACAGCGCCGCAGAAGGAAACCCUCCCGCCUGAUUUCUUGCGCAAAAUCUUGCAGGACCAUGGGGACAUGAGCAGCAAACGCUACCAGUCGGAAAAACGUAUCUACCUAGGAGCCUUAAAAUACGUUCCCCACGCUUUGUAUAAACUUCUCGAAAAUAUUCCCAUGCCGUGGGAGUCUUAUAAAGAAGUACCCGUGCUCUUCCACGUCACGGGAGCGAUUUCUUUCAUCGAUCACGUACCGACCGUCAUCGAGCCGGUGUACCGGGCGCAGUGGGGAACUGCCUGGUUGUUGAUGCGCAGAGAAAAACGGGAUCGCCGACAUUUCAAGCGGAUGCGAUUUCCUCCCUUUGACGAUGAGGAACCGCCGCUCGACUACGCCGAUCAUUUACUUACGGUAGAGCCCGGGGAAGCCGUACAACUGGAUUUGCAACAAGAUGACGAUUACGCCUUGUUAAGAGAUUGGUUCUACGAGUCCUCACAGCCUCUAAGUGAUAUUCGGGAAACGCGACAAGAGCCGCUGGCGGAUCACGUCUACGUAAACGGUCCGAGUUAUAAGACAUGGCGCUUGAGCACACCAGUGUUGGCCCAACUGUACCGUCUCGCGGAACCCCUACUGAAUUCCCAGACCGAUACGAAUCAUCGGUAUUUGUUCGAUUUGCCCCACUUUUUGACGGCCAAGGCAUUGAAUGUCGCCAUUCCCGGUGGGCCCCGUUUCGAACCGCUAUUUCGAGAUGUGGAGCAAGAUGAAGAUUGGAACGACUUCAAUGACGUUUCGAAAAUCAUCAUUCGGGUGCCGAUACGGACGGAAUACAAGAUCGCGUUUCCGCACGUUUACAAUGCACGGCCACGAAAAACCGUAUUGUCGCCUUAUCACGAUGUGCCCUCGAGUUACGCGGGAGACGAAGAUGACGAUGAGCCGGAUUUGCUUUGUUUUGAAGCCUACCCGUCUCAAUUAAAUCCGAUCGUGCGCGUCGUCCAUACCAAGGACUGGUCCGUACCGGAAGACGUGGAUGAAUUUGAAGUGGAAGACUUUAGUUGGGAAUUGGACGAAGAAGUCGUCGGGGCGCCCGACUUGCAACCGCUGUUGUCGGACGCCCCACUGGCUACAGAAACAACCUCCUCUGGCGUUGCCCUGUACUGGGCACCAUAUCCGUUCAACACUCGUGCGGGACGUACCCGUCGAGUCCUUGACAUUCCCCUGAUCGGCCACUGGUUCCGGGACCGAGUUUCGCGAGAUAUGAACUAUCCCACCAAAGUGCGCGUCUCUUACCAAAAGCUUCUCAAAGCCUGGGUGGUUUCGCAGCUGCACUCCCGUCCGGCUAAGCCACGCGCCAAGCGUUCAUUAUUCAAGAGCCUUAAGAGUACCAAGUUCUUUCAGUGUACCGAGCUGGACUGGGUUGAGGUGGGCCUGCAGAUCUGCCGUCAAGGCCACAAUGUCUUGAACUUGUUGAUUCAACGCAAACAGCUCAACUACUUGCAUUUGGACUACAACUUUAACCUCAAACCGACAAAAACUCUGACGACCAAGGAGCGUAAAAAGUCGCGCUUUGGUAACGCUUUUCAUUUAGUUCGAGAGAUUUUGCGUCUAACAAAACUUGUGGUCGAUGCUCAUGUGCAGUAUCGUCUUUCUAAUAUUGACGCUUACCAGCUCGCGGAUGGACUCCAGUAUACAUUUAACCACGUCGGUCAGCUGACGGGAAUGUAUCGGUACAAAUACCGAUUGAUGCGGCAAAUUCGAACUUGCAAGGAUCUGAAACACUUAAUCUAUUAUCGUUUCAAUACGGGCCCUGUCGGCAAAGGACCAGGAGUUGGUUUUUGGGCGCCGUCCUGGCGUGUAUGGAUGUUCUUCCUUCGUGGUAUUACACCGUUACUAGAAAAGUGGCUGGGUAAUUUGCUGGCACGCCAGUUUGAGGGUCGUCAUUCCAAAUCAUUUGCCAAGAAUGUGACGAAGCAACGGGUUGAAUCACACUUUGAUUUGGAAUUGCGUGCGAGUGUGAUGCACGACAUUCUCGAUAUGAUGCCUGCCGGUGUCAAACAAAAUAAGAGUCGCGUUAUUUUGUCACAUUUGUCUGAGGCAUUCCGAUGCUGGAAAGCAAACAUUCCUUGGAAGGUGCCCGGUAUGCCUGCUCCUAUCGAGAACAUGAUUUUACGUUAUGUCAAGGCCAAGGCUGAUUGGUGGACAAAUAUUGCGCAUUACAAUCGCGAACGCAUCAAGCGAGGCGGAACUGUUGAUAAGAGUGUGGUCAAGAAGAAUUUAGGUCGACUUACCAGGUUGUGGCUCAAGGCAGAGCAGGAACGCCAGCACAACUAUCUCAAGGACGGACCGUACGUUUCGGCCGAAGAAGCCGUCGCCAUUUAUACGACGACUGUUCAUUGGUUGGAAAGUCGAAAGUUUACUCCAAUUCCCUUUCCACCGCUAUCCUACAAGCACGAUACCAAGCUGCUGAUUCUGGCACUGGAACGGUUAAAGGAAAAUUACGGUUUAGCGAUUCGUCUGAAUAGUGCCGCGCGUGAAGAGUUGGCCUUGAUCGAGCAAGCGUACGAUAAUCCACAUGAAGCUCUGUCGCGUAUUAAGCGUCACCUACUAACGCAGCGAACUUUCAAGGAAGUGGAGGUUGAGUUUAUGGACAUGUACGAAUUCUUGUCGCCAGUGUAUACCAUUGAGCCACUGGAGAAGAUUACGGACUCAUAUUUGGACCAGUAUCUUUGGUACGAAGCUGACAAGCGCCACUUGUUCCCAACCUGGAUCAAGCCCGCGGACUCGGAGCCUCCGCCCUUACUUGUUUACAAAUGGUGUCAAGGAAUCAAUAACUUGGAAAAUAUUUGGCAGGUCGACGAGAACGGCGAUAGCGUUGUUCUGGUUCAAUCGAAGUUUGACAAACUUUACGAGAAAAUGGACCUCACUUUGUUGAAUCGACUGCUGCGACUCAUCGUCGAUCACAAUAUUGCUGAUUACAUGACAGCAAAGAACAAUGUCAGUAUCGCCUUCAAAGAUAUGCUACACACGAACUCCUAUGGGUUAAUUCGUGGGUUACAGUUCUCAUCGUUUAUCGUUCAGUAUUACGGGCUGGUAUUGGACCUUUUGGUGUUGGGUUUGACACGAGCCAGCGAAAUUGCGGGUCUUCCGCAGCGUCCCAAUGAAUAUUUGACUUUUGCGGACAUUGAGACGGAGGUCAGUCACCCUAUUCGUCUUUAUACCCGGUAUUUUGACAAGAUUUACAUGUUGUUCAAGUUCGACACAAACGAUAGUAAGGAUCUUAUCCAACGUUACCUUACUGAGCAUCCUGAUCCAAACAACGAAAAUGCUGUCGGAUAUAGAAACAAGAAGUGCUGGCCUCGUGAUUGUCGCAUGCGCUUACUGAAGCGCGAUGUCAACCUCGGACGAGCGGUGUUUUGGGACAUAAAGAAUCGCCUCCCCAGGAGUAUUACGACCUUGGAUUGGGACGUGGCCUUCGUCAGCGUAUACAGCGUAGACAAUCCGAAUCUGUUGUUUGAUAUGAGUGGAUUUGAGGUUCGUAUUCAGCCGAUCAAGACAGCUCGUCGAUCUGCCGCCGGCGCUUUUCAGUCUCCUGUAGCCCCGACAACCUACAAGGAUGGUGUUUGGAACCUCCAAAACGAAACGACGAAAGAGAUGACAGCUCAAGCUCAUCUGUGUGUCGAGGAGGAAGCAGUUCGGGCCUUCGAUAAUCGUAUCCGCCAGAUUCUAAUGAGCAGUGGCGCCACCACUUUUACGAAGAUCGCGAACAAAUGGAACACAGCGCUAAUUGGUUUGAUGACAUACUAUCGUGAAGCCGUAUUAAACACACAAGAGCUGCUUGAUCUUCUUGUUAAGAACGAGAAUAAGAUUCAGACAAGAAUUAAGAUUGGCUUGAACAGUAAGAUGCCCAGUCGCUUUCCUCCAGUUGUGUUUUAUUGUCCCAAGGAGCUAGGUGGUCUUGGAAUGCUUUCGAUGGGGCAUGUACUUAUACCCCAGAGUGACCUUCGAUACAGCAAACAAACUGAUAUGGGGGUCACACACUUCCGUUCUGGUCUUAGCCAUGAUGCCGACCAAUUGAUUCCCAAUUUAUUCCGGUAUUUGCAGCCGUGGGAAAGCGAGUUUGUCGAUUCGCAACGAGUGUGGGCGGAAUAUGCCUUGAAGCGCCAGGAAGCGAACACUCAGAAUCGUCGGCUAACGCUCGAGGACCUCGAAGACUCAUGGGACCGUGGAAUUCCAAGGAUCAAUACCCUCUUCUCAAAGGAUCGUCAUACGCUUGCGUACGACCGUGGCUGGCGAAGUAGAGAGGAAAUGAAGCGCUACCACAUUCUUCGGGUAAAUCCCUUUUGGUGGACUCAUCAACGACACGAUGGAAAACUUUGGAAUCUGAAUGCAUACCGUACGGACAUGAUCCAAGCACUAGGCGGCGUCGAAGGUAUCCUAGAGCAUAGUCUUUUCAAAGGCACCUACUUUCCGACCUGGGAGGGUUUAUUUUGGGAAAAAGCUUCUGGAUUUGAGGAGAGUAUGAAGUUUAAAAAGCUGACGAAUGCCCAACGGUCAGGUUUGACCCAGAUUCCCAACCGACGUUUUACUUUAUGGUGGUCUCCAACUAUCAAUCGAGCCAACGUCUACGUUGGUUUUCAGGUGCAGCUAGACUUGACGGGGAUUUUUAUGCAUGGCAAGAUUCCUACUCUAAAAAUUUCGCUGAUUCAGAUUUUCCGCGCUCAUCUAUGGCAAAAGAUACACGAAAGUAUUGUAAUGGACAUAGUGCAAGUCUUUGAUCAAGAGUUGGAUGCUCUCGAAAUUGAAAAUGUUCAGAAGGAAACAAUUCACCCUCGAAAAUCUUAUAAAAUGAACAGUAGUUGUGCUGAUCUUGUCCUUUUUGCAGCUUACAAAUGGCAAGUCUCAAAGCCCAGUCUUCUGCAUGAUACGAAAGACGACUACGAUGGAACGACUUCAAACAAGUACUGGCUAGAUGUUCAGCUUCGCUGGGGCGAUUUUGACUCGCACGACAUUGAGCGCUACUCACGGGCUAAGUUUUUGGACUACACGACCGACAACAUGAGUAUCUACCCAUCGCCAACUGGAUGUUUACUAUCCGUCGACCUGGCCUAUUCUCUUUACAGCGGUUUUGGCAACUUUAUUCCCGGGGGAAAGCCACUUCUUCAACAAGCGAUGGCCAAAAUUAUGAAGGCGAAUCCGGCUCUUUACGUACUCCGUGAGCGUAUCCGGAAGGGGCUACAGCUUUAUUCAAGUGAGCCUACUGAGCCGUAUUUAAGUUCUCAGAAUUACGGUGAGCUGUUUAGCAAUCAGGUGAUUUGGUUUGUGGACGAUACAAAUGUAUACCGUGUGACGAUUCACAAGACAUUCGAGGGCAACUUGACGACCAAGCCUAUAAAUGGUGCAAUUUUUAUAUUUAACCCAAGGACUGGUCAGCUCUUUUUGAAAAUUAUUCACACGAGUGUUUGGGCUGGACAGAAGCGCUUGUCACAACUUGCAAAGUGGAAGACUGCUGAAGAAGUUGCCGCGCUGAUUCGUUCUCUUCCAAUCGAAGAGCAGCCGAAACAGAUUAUUGUUACGCGGAAGGGUAUGUUGGAUCCCUUAGAGGUCCAUUGCUUGGAUUUUCCAAAUAUCGUGUUGAAAGGCUCAGAGUUGCAGCUACCCUUCCAAGCUGCGCUCAAGGUUGAGAAAUUCGGAGACCUUAUCUUACGCGCCACGGAGCCUCAAAUGGUGUUGUUUAACAUCUAUGAUGAUUGGCUCAAGAGUAUUUCGUCGUAUACUGCCUUCUCUCGUCUGAUUCUGAUUCUCCGGGGCCUUCAUGUUCAUACUGAUAAAGUCAAACAAAUUCUCCGACCCGAUACCAGCGUUGUAACGGAACCGCAUCACGUAUGGCCAUCCCUGACGGACGAGCAAUGGAUCAAAGUGGAGGUGGCCCUGAAAGACUUGAUUCUUGCUGACUACGGAAAGAAGAAUAACGUCAAUGUUUCGAGUUUGACACAGAGCGAAAUCCGCGACAUUAUCCUCGGAAUGGAGAUUGCGCCUCCUUCUGUUCAGCGCCAACAAGUCGCCGAAAUCGAGGCACAAGCUCGUGAACAAUCGCAGAUGACAGCAACCACAACAAAGACGACGAAUGUACAUGGCGAACAAAUCGUUGUCACAACCACUACACAGUACGAGUCAGCGACGUUCCAGAGCAAGACGGAUUGGCGGGUACGCGCAAUUAGUGCGACUAAUUUGCACCUCCGAACAAAGCAUAUCUACGUCUCUUCUGAAGACAUUUCGGAAGAGGGUCUUACAUAUGUACUACCCAAGAACAUUCUUGCCAAAUUCAUCACGACAGCCGACCUUCGAACUCAGAUUGCUGGUUACCUCUAUGGAGUGACUCCCCCUGACAACGAUCUGGUUCGCGAAGUACGGUGUAUUGUUAUGGUUCCACAAAUAGGUAACCAUCAGAGCGUAACACUACCGAAGAAAUUACCUGACAAUGAUAUCCUUAAGGAGCUGGAACCACUUGGAUGGAUUCACACACAGCCGAACGAACUGAUUCAGAAUGGGGUACAGAUACUGCCAGCACCCGACGUUGUGACUCAUGCUUCCAUCAUGGCAGACAAUCCGAACGCGUGGACUGGUGAGAGCGAGAUCAUUAUUACUACGUCCUUCACGCAAGGAUCGUGUUCGCUGACAGCUUAUCGCGUGACUGAGAAUGGAGUGCAAUGGGGUAACAAAAGUCGAAACAUUGCUGGUGGCGUAGCGAAUGCCGAACAGUACUCGUCCAGUUGUUUUGAAAAGGUGCAAAUGCUUCUCAGUGACCGCUUUAAGGGGUUCUUUAUGGUUCCGCAAGGCGGUCUUGGAUGGAAUUACAACUUUCAGGGGGUGAAACAUAGUGCUGGAAUGGAUUAUGAGCUGAAAAUGGACACUCCUGAACCGUUUUACGCAGAGUGCCAUCGACCGCAGCACUUCUUGUCAUUUGUUCAAAUGGAAGACGGAGCGGGCGAUGAUGGCGCUGAUCUAGACGACUUCUUGGGCUAGACGAUACCAGAGAGGCCUUUCAUCCUACUAGUCUAAAAUAAUAUUAUGGGUAGUAAAGGG